UCAGACAGUCAGCGCGUUGCACGUACGCACGCAUCGAGCAGCAGCAGCAGCAGCAGUAGCAGCAGCGCGGGCGCGUUCAGUGGUUGUUGGAAACAGUCAGACACACACACACACACCUACACUAACACACACACAUACAGACGGCGGGGGCCAGCAAACAAAAUUUUCAGUUCUUGCUGUUCCGCUUCUGGCCAAAAAAGAAAAAAAAAGCGAAAAAACGAAGAAAAGGAAACUUUUGCAGCUUAUUUGAUGUUGUGAAUUGAAUAUCGAAUAGAACGCUGGAUUAGUGAAUGUAAUUAAAAGCAACUGCAGCUGUGCGAAAUAUGCAAAUUUAUUUAAUUAUCUGCCAAACAAAGUGAUAAAGACAAAGUGUUCAAGACAAAAUGUAAUAACUAUACUAUAUAAAUAUAUACAACAACAACAACUAAACACCAAAAAGAAAUUUAAUUAAAUGAAACAGCAAAAACUCAAUGUUGGGAGAACUUUUCUGAUGAACUCAAGUCAAAGAUGCGCACAAUUAGCUUAAACUGACAACAACAGCAACAACAACAAAUAGAUGAGAAGCAGCUAGAGCAAAUAACACCAAACAACAACAGCAACAAAAUACAGCCAGAAUUUACAAAGCAAAAGGAUAAUCACAAUCACAACACAGCGAAAAAAAACAAAAACCCAAAAAAUAUAAAAACGAUUUAGUCAAAUAUUUUAAACUUAAAAACGUAGCACAUCAAAAGCCUUACGAAAUAUUUCAAACAAACAAAAAAAAAACAAAGUAAAAUAUUUAAAAAUAAUUUUGUGCUGUGCUCUGAUUAUAUAUUUAUAUAAUUAAAAGUAGAAGAAAAGGCAUUAGCAGAAGAUCGCGACAACGUAUUCAUAAAUAUUUAAAUAGCAACUAAAAAUUAACAAAGUAAAUCUAAAAAUUAAAACUAAAUAAUUGUAAUCAUUAUUCUUCCACUUAAAAGUUCGAAAUGUGUAAUUUUUAAAUUUCAAAAAAAAGAAAAACUUAAAACUUAGUCAACAAAUUUAGAAGCAACAAACAAUAUACAAUAUAUAUUGCAGACAUAUAUAUACAGAUAUAUAUAUAAUAUAUAGAAAAUAUAUUCAAAACUUUUUAGUAGCAUUAAAGCGAGCAUUAAAACGAACAGUUUAAAGAUAUUAACAAAAUUUUAUUAAAAUUUAGCAAAAAAGCGUUGUGAAUUUAAUACCAAACAAAAACAAAAAAAUACUAAAAUACUACAAGUUAAAUUGAAACCUAAACGAAAUGAACUAAAUGAAAUUGUCUAUUAGUAGUUUUUAAAGGUAAAACACAUUUUAAACGAAAGUUUUAAACGAGCUUCUAACACAUGCGACUUGGCAAAACAAAUAGCAAACAUUAUCCUUAACCUUAACCGCAGCCCCCCAACAACAAGAGUAACAACAAAAGCAGCAGCAACAACAAGAACAACAACUACAAUCGAAUUGCAGGUCUUGGCUUAGCGCCAGCCUAAAAGCAGGCAACACAAAUUUAUACAAAUUUGGCGAGCUCAAGGUGCUGCAGCGACGGCGACGCUGACUCGACGACGACCUUCGCGUGUGCAGUUUGCCUAUUGCACAAUAGAGGGCGCCACACCACGCCAAAACUCUGAAACACACUCACACACGUAGAAACACACCAACACACACAGGCAGACCGAGCACAUUUACUGACACACAUUCGAGUGCAGGGCGUCAUGACCGGAAGUGAGGUACAAUUGAGCCUGUCGGCCUUUGCAUAACCUUAAGCCAGAGCGCUUUCACUUGCAGUGGCCAGAAAAAUGCCGGAAAUGAGCCACCUGCAGGAUAUUUCGAAAGUGGAGAACCUCACCAAAGCCGUACUCAUCUCCAUACUGGGCGUGGCGAUCGUGUUGUCCAAUCUGCUGAUCAUCGCCACCUAUGCCAACUUUAAAGGUCCCACGGAGGUUAUUAACUAUUAUCUGCUAUCGCUAGCAAUCGCCGACUUGCUAUGCGGUCUACUCGUGGUGCCCUUCUCCGUUUACCCCGCCCUGAGGGGCGAAUGGGUGUACGGCGAUAUCGUGUGCCGUUUCACCGGCUAUCUGGAGGUCACACUGUGGGCUGUGUCCGUUUACACCUUCAUGUGGAUAUCGGUGGAUCGUUAUUUGGCCGUACGCAAACCGUUGCGCUAUGAAACGGUGCAAACGAAAACGCGCUGCCAAUGCUGGAUGGUCUUCACAUGGAUAUCGGCAGCAUUACUUUGCUGUCCACCAAUUCUGGGCUAUUCACAGCCCAUCGAGAACAAUGUGACGCACAUUUGCAUGCUGGAUUGGGGCAAUAUGGCGGCAUAUAGUGCCACAUUGGCGAUAUUAGUAUUAGGUCCCAGCCUCAUAUCGAUAGUACACAACUACGGCUACAUAUUUGUGAUGAUGCGCAAAAUUAGGUCCGGCGAGCCCAUACAUGAUAAAGAAUAUGCAACUGCAUUGGCUGAAAAUUUAUCGAACCCUAGUCAUAUGAUGUCAUUCGCAUUAGUCUUUGCAUUCUGGAUGUCCUGGCUGCCAUGGAUAUUGUUGCGUCUCUAUGAGGUGGUCACGGGCGAGGUUAUCCAAAGUACUCUUAUCAAUUUCGCAGUCGUUUGGAUUGGUAUAUUGAAUUCAUUUUGGAAAAUUGUGAUUAUGACCGGCAUGUCGCCGCAAUUUCGCAUUGCGUUGAGAGUAUUUUGCUUAACAAUUUGCUGUAAGACUAAGGGCAGAUUGCAAGCGGAGCUAAUCGGGUUGGACCCAGAUGACUAGAGCCGUUAAAUUUUCAAGUAUAAAUUGGUUGUAAAUCGCAUCUUGUGUCAUUUGAAAAUCAAAAACCAAAAAGUGAAGAAAAAAAGAAAUCAUAAUACAAUAUGCCCAAUAACUGAACCGUACUUGUCCCCUUGGCCACAUAGUUGCAUAUUUAUGGACCGCUCUGGGCGAUGCGCACCAAACAAAAUACUCUCCAUCUCCACAACAACAACAACACCAACUAAUACCAAACCAUUCAACAUCUCCACCACCAACAACAAUAUUAAACAACAGCAACUACUAAAAACAACAUCUGCAACCAACAAAACAAAACAAAAACAAACACUGACAAGUUGAAAGACAUAUUCAUUAUAAUAGUUAAUAAGCUAAAAACAUUUGGUAAGAGUUUUUAUUAUUAAUUAAUUAACUAAUUAAUAAUAUUAUUGUGUAUUUAUGAGCUUACAACGUACAGUAUAUGUUCGUAUAUAGCGUGUAUGUAUACAUAUCUAGCUAUAUACUCAUAUUACUUAUGUCUAACACACGCCUAGUCCACAUACCAGAGAUAUCAUGGAAUUUAAUUUCCGCCAGCUACAUUUCCGUUUUCGUUGGCAUUUAAAUUUGAAAAACUUGCGUUCAUCGUUAUCGUUAUCGCUAUUGUUUCGGUUAACAGCGCUCUGUUAACCAGCUGUUGUUAACAUCUCUCUUGCUAAGGCGACGCUAGCUUCACAAGCAAACAACAAAUUUAACACAUAUGCAAAGGUUUAGCGCUUGGCGCGUGUAAAGUUUUUUCAAAAAGUCCAUAUUAAGUACGAGUAGCAUACUAUAAUAUAUUUAUAGAAUUUAGCAAAUUAACUAUUGUGUAGAGAUUUAUCAAAUAAAUUGCCAAAACAAAACAUAAAAGAAAAACUAAAUGAAUAAAGACCCAAGAACGUAGAUAGAUGAUUCGAUAAGCAGUUCAGUCGAGUUCAACAUUUUCAAAUCUUUGCACGCUUCAAGAAAUCAAGAUCAACAACAACAACAACAACAACGUAAACAACGGCUAUUCCUUCUCUCCGUUUAUUAGUUACAUUUAUUAUCCUGUACGAGAGUGUAGCUCAAAACGAAAAUAAAAAGCAAAUGCAAACAAAUACUUGACACAUUUCCAGUAGGUUUUAGCGCAAAACAAAAACUAAGCUAAAUAUAAAUAUAUACUUAAAUAAGUACGACUACAGUAUGUAUGUACAAGUAGCAAAGAGUAAA